AUGGACGCUGUGGGUGACCCAAUGGACCUCGACAUGGACUUCGAUGAAAUGUCGUGGGCCAUUGACUUCAACUCACCCAUCAAUCACAUCGACCCCCAGCAGCUCCACUCAUUCGAAGUGAACCCGAAUUAUCAUCCACCGAACGGGCUUCCCUAUGACUACCUCUUUGCCGAAGACGAAGGUUACUUUCCUCCCUUUAACCCACCCUUACCCAACAUCAACCACAGGCCUCCUGAGGAUGGGUCACACGACCUUGCCAGGGAGCGUCUUCGCAAGCAACUGUCCCUGCUGUCAAAGGGAUGGUGCGGAGACGAGAUUCGAUUCAAGAAUGUCGACCCGGCCAAGGCUGUCAUCUUGCAUACACUGGCUAUUGAGUUGGGGUUGGAGUACAACCACAACGUCCGUAGUCAAGAAGUACUGAUUUCACGCUUCGAACCCACCCAACUUCCAUCCGGGCCGCGGCCUUCGUCUGGGCGUUUAUCCACUUCACCCCCCCGCGCUUCUGUGGAACUAAACGCCGUCAGCUGCCUUCCUGGCGAAUCUGUAUUUUCACUAUCUCACUUUCAGCCGCCUCAGCUCCCACACUUUGAUGUAAGGGCAGCUGUUGCACCUAUCCAAAAAGCACCAUUACAACAACCACAACCCGACUCCAUAGUUGCCAAACCUCACCAAGCGCUAUCACGUCAUCCGAGCCGCAGCGAGCGUAUCACUGACUCGAUCAGCAAGCAUGUCUCGACCCUCAAGGCUUCCGUUGCCAAGGGUGGGAGACGUGGACCGCUCACAGAGAACGGCCGACGAGGUAUGAGAGAGUUGGAGACAGUGGGCGGCGCUUGUUGGAGAUGCAAAGUCCUGCGUCGCAAGUGUGACCCUGGCACCCCAUGUCGGUGUUGCCUGCAAUUGGAAAGCGUUGCCAUGCCCAACCUGGGGGAAGACGCACCAUUGUGGCCUUUGAUAGGAUGUCGCCGUGGACCUCUAGGCGAUUCCCUUCCUACGCAGCUUCUUUGUCCCCUUCAGAGCCUGGAAUGUCAUCUCUCAAGCAACAGCAGCCGCCGUUGCCGUUCAGUAGAUCUUGCUGAAAGAUGCCUACUAUCAGCCGAAAGUCAGCGGUUGGCAGAUAUGAAAGCCGUCUUUGAAGGGGCAUCGGACAAGCUGUCAAUCUGUGAUUUCGGGCUGAAAGCCUCCUUUUAUGCAUUCAUUGAUGCAGGUCGUUACCGUGACAGGGACUCUCUACACCAACAGAAUACGCCCUGUGAUGGGAACCCUGUGACCUAUGCCGAGCUAAUUGCCAUCAUUGCCUGGGAGCUGUCCGAGAACAACGCUCUGCUGGGGUCGUUGCUCGAAAUCAAGUCUUGGGAGAACUUCAUGGGGAUGCUGGAGACAGCCUGCAUUUACGAGUCCGAGGUUGGCCAGACGUCGGUAGUCUUCCUCUCCAUGGUGUGUUUGAGACACUGUCUGGAAGGACUUCGACUCCACUCAGCACAGCUCUUGGUCCCCACGGCCCAUGACGACUGCAGCAGUGGUGACUGCCAGGUCGACUGCAUUCGCAAUCUCUACCGUCAGGUUACGGCGUACGUCGAUGAGCUUUCUGCUGUCAUGUUUAACAAGGAGAACAUGAGAGACCGAAGGUGGUGGCUGUCAACCUUCUACAGCCUAUGCAUUCAAAGCUAUGUCCGUCAUGCAUUAAUUGCUAUUGAGAAGCAGCUACGAUUCAAGCCAACGGAUGACGUGCCGGCCGAAGAUCUAUCGACUACACAGUAUCUGCAUUUAGCAGCGUUAUUGUUCACGGCUGCCUCGGCGAAGUAUGACCCACUCAUUGGUGGACGCCUUCAAUAUGCGUUGACAGACAACUCGGUCAUUCCUGAGACUUCAGUCCCCGAACUUGCCCAUUCAUCUGCCCGUGUGGCUUUCGAGGUGGAUCAGUGGGCCAGUAAUGGAAUUCGGACUUCAUAUCAAUUUCUGAGAAAGCUGUUGCAGAUCGGCAGUCUUGACUUUGUCGAACAACAAGUUAAAUGCCAAGGCCAGCAUCUGGAUGUAUCUGGCCACAAGAAGACUUCGUCUGUUGGAUCGGCAUCUCUGCAUUCCAUGCCAUCCCCCAUCUCACCAAAUGACGGUGCUUUCACAACAUCGACACGAUCCUCUCGCAUCUACUUACAAAGGAACUCCAUCGAUAGCAGAUUUUCAGCACAGCCAUCUACCAUCUUCUCGUCCAAUCUUAGCUCCGACAGUCUGGCUCAGACGUUAUCGACGGCACACACAAGCUUAUAUGAGCCUUCCAUCCUGACCAAUCCGCGAUAUUCAGCUGUAAUUGGGGAGGUUGAUCUGGAUAUGGUUGUCAGUGAAGGGGAGGGACUCGAGCCAGAAGAGAUCUUGAAGUUCGUGUGCGAAUGUUGCCCACGAGGGCCACGCCACUUCCGAACAUACGAGGAAUUAUCUGCACAUGAAGCCGAAAAGCCCCAUCUAUGCACCAACGCGCAGUGCAAGAAACGCUUCAAGUCACCCACCGAAGCCGAAAGACACAUCAAUGCUAUCCAUCUAAAGUCUGAAUCAUGGUCCUGCAAAGCUCUCACGCAUCCGCUGCUAGCCUUUCAUAUGGAAAUAUUCCCUAAUGGGGCGGUGUGGGAUGUGUGCGGGUUCUGUGGCGGUGGCUUUGCUCGAAAGACCUCGGCGAUAAAAGACGAAACGUUACCAUCUGCAGGGGAAACUUCAACGAAGGCAGAUGCAGAAAGUAUCGAGAGAGACGAAGCAGAACUCAUCUCCCACAUGGAAAGAGUUCACAAGUUUGGGGAGUGCGAUCGGGAGAAGCAUUUCUACAGGGCUGAUAAUUUCAGACAGCAUUUGAGGAAUACACAUAUUGCGAAGCCAGGGAAGUGGUUGAAGGUUUUGGAGGGGGUGUGCAAGAUUGGAAAGGAUGGGCCACAAGGGGCGGUAUAG